AUGCCAAGUGCAACCCCGCAACCCCAACUCAAAAAGAAGGCGAGCUUCAGGGACCGCCUGAAGGCCUGGCAAAAACCACUCCAGCCCUUGGAAAUCGUGACCGAGGAGUUGAAACCGCGGUUUGUGUACGAGCCCACGCAUGCCGCCGCCGACUUUUCGCGGUUGGCGGUAUCGCCGGUGAGCCCAACGAAACCGCGGUUACCACUAGCCGCAACGUAUACACCGCCCGAGAAGGACGUAUCAAGUACGGCUCGCAAUACACAGCCACGGCCGGUGCAUCGGGACGAGGCCCGAGAUGACGAACCGACAAGACGACACUCCAGAUCCAGCGUGAACCGCCAUUCCUACACGCUGGUGGAGGACCCUUUCCAGGCAUCCAACGCCGCUGCCCACGUCCCAGUCAAUCCCCAGCCGGUGGCAUGGAGCCCAGGUGAACCGACAUCUCUCAUAAGGACAGAGCCGCCGCCGCCGUCGCCAUCGUCACAACCCCUCUCCGAUUUCGAACUCUUCCUCGCGCGCGCCGAAGCUGAAGACCGCGAGAAGCGCGAACAGCUUCUGCGCAGCAUCUCACAGCGGUCUGCGGCAUACGCAGCCAACCGUGUCCGGCCAGACCCGCACCGCCAGUUCGCGGCAGUAGUGCCGUCAACAACUGGGAAGACAGCUAAGGGGCCAGCUGAGAAGGGUGAAAGGCCGGCACAACGCAGCAGCAAGACUCGCCACACCCUGGUCCCCGGAGCCAGUGCCAAAACCGAGCAGCCGCAGCCGCAGAACCGGCAACAGCGACAGGACAGCGGCCGCAAAGGGCACGCGCGCAAGUCAAGCUGGGCAGCGAGCUACAUGACUGGCAGCAGCGCGGGGGAGAUACCCCCAGUUACCCUGCCAUCAAAGCGGCAGGCACGACCGCUGCCCGAGCCACCGCAGCCGGUACGAGCAGACUCUGCUGGCAAGGAGUAUCCGCCGCAACCGCCGAGGACGCUACGAAGGCAGGCCAGCCUCACGCAACGCCUUGUUCAGUAUAUCCGGCCACCAAAGACGGGGUCUCGGCCCAUCGAAACGCUGGUUGAGUGA